AUGAAACUCUCAACAAUUGUUACAGCUGUUUUGUUUACAGCUUCUUCCGUUUUAGCCGCCCCAGUUAAUACCACUACCGAAAAUGAAACAGCUCAAAUUCCUGCCGAAGCUAUCAUUGGCUACUUGGAUUUGGAGGGUGAUUCUGACGUUGCUGUUUUGCCAUUUGCAAACAGCACCAACACUGGUUUACUGUUCAUAAAUACUACUAUUUCAAACCUUGCUGCCAAGGAAGAAGGUGUUUCAUUGAGCAAGAGAGAAGCCGAUGCUGAAGCUUGGCACUGGUUGAAAUUGAGACCUGGUCAACCAAUGUACAAAAGAGAAGCUGAAGCCGAUGCCGAUGCUGAAGCUUGGCACUGGUUGAAAUUAAGACCUGGUCAACCAAUGUACAAAAGAGAAGCUGAAGCCGAUGCCGAUGCUGAAGCUUGGCACUGGUUGAAAUUAAGACCUGGUCAACCAAUGUAUAAGAGAGAAGCUGAAGCCGAUGCCGAUGCUGAAGCUUGGCACUGGUUGACAUUGAGACCUGGUCAACCAAUGUACUAA